AAUUUUUAAAACAAACGAUCGCGGCGGAGCGAACAUAACGAGCACACAGAAAGUGUUUUUGGUGUGUAGCAAAUAUCAUCAUAAGGACGAUAAAUAAUGAAUCCACAAUCGAUCGCAGUUAAGGUUGUGUUAUACUCUCUCGCAAUCGCCUUCACAGUAACGAACAAUGCUUACGGUCAGAAUUUAGCCGACGGUAAAUCUGCGUUAGACGAAACUCUUUUGGCCCUGGCCUCAGAAGGAGUAGACGAAUCGGUGGGAUUGAAGAAAAAUGUUGAAAAUUUACAUGUGGCCGUGUCGGGAACGGUGAACAAAAUGUCAGUGAAUGACACUUCCUAUGCCAUAUCGACGGAUUUGAAUGUGACCAAAAGUGCGGAUGAGAAAUGUCGCUCGCUGGAAGAUGCUGCGCAUUUGACCCAGACCCAAUUGAUAAACCGUUUGACGGCGACCUGCCGCUACGAUCGCCUGGAGCGACCUUACGUAGUGGCAAAUGGCACAAUUGUCAACUCGCCUCUGGAUGUCUAUGCCAGGGUCUAUAUUUACGUUUUACAAAACUUGGACUCCAGUGACCUGCAGUUCAAAAUGCAUGGCUUGCUGCAGUUGCGUUUCCAGGAUCCCCGACUUGCCUUCGAUAAGUAUGCCCCUGGCAGGACAAAAUCAAUUCUGGGAGAAUCCUCGCUGCGUGAUGUCAUUUGGGUGCCGCACAUAUUUCUGGCCAAUGAACAUGACUCCAGUGUGCUGGGCACCAGCGAAAAGGAUGUGCUCACCUCCAUUAGCCCCAAUGGCACCGUCAUCAUUUCCUCACGCAUACAAGCUACCCUGUAUUGCUGGAUGAAGCUACAAAAGUUUCCCUUUGACGAACAGUAUUGUCCCACCAUUUUCGAAAGCUGGAUGUACAAUGCCUCGGAGCUGCUGUUGCAUUGGGAGCAAAAUGCCCCGGUUACCUUUGAUCCCAAAAUGCAUUUGACCGAAUAUGCCCUGGCAAAUGCCUGGACCAAUGAGACAAUAAUCAAUGCGGAUUUGGAUGAUUUGAGGCAUGGAGCCUUUGCAGGCAACUACAGUUCUUUGGGCUUUACAGUUCACUUGGUGCGAGAAGUUGGCUAUUAUGUCAUGGACUACUUUUUGCCUUCGAUUAUGAUAGUGGCCAUAUCCUGGGUAUCCUUUUGGUUGCAGGCCGAUCAGACACCUGCCCGAACCACCUUGGGCUGUACCACCAUGUUGUCUUUCAUAACAUUGGCAUCCUCGCAGGAGAAUAAUCUGCCCAAAGUCAGUUACAUCAAGGUUUCGGAAGUAUGGUUUCUGGGCUGCACAGUCUUCAUAUUUGGCAGUUUGGUGGAAUUUGCCUUUGUCAAUACCAUAUGGCGAAGAAAUCACAGUGUCGAAGUGAAAAAGUUGAAGAGUAAAUACAUCCUGAAGUCAACGCUGACGCCACGCAUGAAACGCCACAAAAUGGUGGACAAUGCUAAACAACCAGAACGAAGUAACAGUGAACGUUAUUUGUCAGUGGAUACUCCCUCACCGGUCAUCAUUACCGUGGGCGAUGAUCCCAUGAAUAGAUUUACCUCUUCCGAGUCUAUUGCCACCAUGACCACCAGUUUAGCGGAUAACGAGAGUGAACGAGAGAAAAAACCGGUUGAAAACACAUCCUGGUCCACGAUGACACCACACGAGGUGUCCUUGUGGAUAGAUAGGAAAGCUCGCUUUUUGUUUCCCAUAGCCUUUAUAAUUUUCAAUGCAUUCUUUUGGACUUUUGUCUACUGUUUGUGAUAAUCAAAAAAAAUUUUUAUGGAAAUUUAGAAAAGAAAAAAUAAAUGUACAAAAGUGUAUGAGAAUUAUCUAAGUUAAGCCAACAUGUUGGAGGGUUU